CAAGGGGAGGUUCCCACGUUAGUUUUGUGUGGGUCACCUGAGAGAGAGAGAGAGAGAGAGAGAGAGGGGAGAGGAAGCCACUGCACCUUUCAGUCUUGCUCACCUGGCCGAGCCGUGCACAAGUGUGUAGUCCAGUAUGUGACGAGGCAGAAGGCAAGAAGGGAAAACAGUGAGGCUUUCAACCUGGAAAGCAAGUGUGACCAGUGACGUUUGGACUGUAACUACUACUACUACUACUACUACUACUACUACUACUACUACUACCGGUGUUUGAGGUUCUCCAACCCUGCUCCGCCCUUCCAGUAUAUAAGCGUCAAGCAGGAAACGGAUACUGUGAUACACGAUUUGGAUUCCUGAGUAAACAACGAGGAGAAAAGAUAAACACAAGUACCAUCACUGACCCAGUUACCAACAAUGCACCAAAAGAAUUAAAAGGAAAGGAUCACCAUUACAACCACCACCACUACUGCUACUUCUACAACAAAAGCUACUGUUACCACCACCAUGGCGGACCUCACGCAACUCUCAGAGCGGUUCCAAUGGCCAGAUUACCUCGUGUUUGCGCUGAUGCUGGCGGUGUCAGCGGUGAUUGGAAUAAUCUACGGGUGUUUUGGCAAGAAGCAAGACACGAAGGAGUUUCUGAUGGCUGGCAAGUCAAUGACAACCUUUCCCGUGGCUAUGUCCCUCAUUGCAAGUUUCAUGUCAGCCAUCACCUUACUAGGAACGCCAUCUGAGGUGUACCAGAAUGGCUUUAUCUACUGGCUGAUCGGGUUCUCCUACAUCAUGGUGAUGCCCGCUGCUGCUUACCUGUACUUCCCGGUAUUCUACAAGCUGCAGGUGACUUCAGCUUAUGAAUACCUGGAGAAGAGGUUUGACAAAUCAGUCAGGCUGCUUGGAUCCACUGUCUUCAUCAUACAGAUGUGUCUGUACAUGGCCAUCGUGGUGUACGCUCCAGCACUCGCCUUGGCCCAAGUCACUGGAUUCAAUGUUUAUAUCUCCGUCUCCCUCAUCUGCUUUGUCUGCAUCUUCUACACGACUCUCGGAGGCAUGAAGGCCGUGCUGUGGACUGAUGCAUUGCAGACCGUCAUCAUGUACGCCAGCAUGAUGUUCGUGAUCAUCAAAGGAGCAGUAGACGUGGGCGGGUUUGAAUACGUGUGGCAGAAGAACGUGGAGAGCGGGCGUGCUGUGCUGAUCGACUUUGACCCAGACCCAACCACGCGCCACACCUUCUGGACCCUGAUCGUCGGCGGCUACUUCACCUGGAUCACCAUCUACGGCGUCAACCAGGCCCAGGUGCAACGGUACCUGAGUGUGCAGACCAAGCAGAUGGUGACUCAAGCUCUGUUCAUCAACCUGGUGGGCCUGUUUAUCCUGAUGAUCACUUGUGCCUUCGGCGGGAUGGUAGUCUACGCAAAGUACGCCGACUGUGACCCGAUCAGUGCUGGUAUCGUGUCCAAGGGUGACCAGCUGUUUCCCCUCUUUGUCAUGGAUACACUGGGACAGUUCAGAGGUCUUCCCGGUCUCUUCGUUGCUGGCAUCUUCUCCGGGGCUUUGAGCACCGUGUCGUCAGGAAUGAACUCCCUCGCUGCUAUCGUUCUCGAGGACUUCAUCAAGGGCAGCUUCUUGCCUCACCUUUCUGACGAAGCCUCUACCUGGUGGUCUCGUGGUCUUUCCCUCUUCUUCGGUCUGCUCACCUUCGCGCUGGUCUUCGUGGCGGAACAGCUCGGGAACAUCCUAUCAGCUGCUCUCAGUAUCUUCGGCAUGGUGGGCGGUCCUCUGCUGGGCUUGUUCACCCUGGGCAUGUUCUUCCCUUGGGCCAACCGACGGGGAGCCUUCGUCGGUGGCAUUGUCAGUCUCAUCCUCCUCUUCUGGAUCGGCAUCGGGCACCAAGUAGCAAAGGCUUACGGUCAGAUCACCAGUACGCCCAUGCCCACCAGUACUGAAGGCUGCGAUCUUUUGAAUAUCACCAUGGAAGCUGUCACCACCGCCGCCACCACCAUAGCCACAAACACCACUGUAGAAGAGCCAGGUGAACCACUGGGCAUCUUCCGCCUGUCUUACAUGUGGUACUCAGCGACUGGCUGCUUCACCGUGAUCGUGGUGGGCAUGAUCGUGUCAGUGCUCACGGGGCUGCAGGACGUGAAGACCCUCGACCCAGUGCUGCUCUCCCCCGGCCUCCUGUGGGUGCAGCGGUGGAUCCCAGGCCUUGAGGAACUUGGAGAGAACUGCAACGAGGGUGAGACGCUGAGUGACAUCAAGGUGGCGCCAGUGCUCAACGGCGGCACUGUCAACCCGGGCUUUGAAGCAGAUCUCGGGGAAAAGAAGCGGUCGAAGAACAGCUACUCCCCCAACGAGAAGGAGAGCGCCAGGUUGUAAGGAGCGAAACAGUCUGAUACGUCCACUCGCUCACACCUUCCUUGCCAAUGAGAAGGCUCUUUGCUGCAUUGCAAUAUACGUUGUCGUCUUAAUGUUAGAGUUUGGACAGACACAAGCUGAUGCUGGUGCUUGAAUGAUGCACGCCUCCUUCUUGCCAGUGUAGAGAUAAAUUAGGCUUGUGUAGCGCGGCUCAGUGACAUGUAGAACAGACUUCUGUAGAGGAAAUGGAAGGAACAAGCAGGGGAAGCAACCCUUGCAUUCCCCGUAACGUAAGAAAGAUCUUAAAAAAUACUAAUGUACAUAACAUAUAUGUUCGUAAUAGGUCAAAACUGCUGUGUCUUUUUAUAAUUCUUAUUUUUUGUAUGCCAUGAAAAAUUUGUCAUGCCAUAAAGCUAAAACAUAUAAAGAAGCCAAUAUUCACACAGAUUAUAAUUUUGUACGGCAUGAAAGCUGUUUUAAGGGAUAGAGCUAAAACAGGUAAAGGAAAUCAAUAUUGGCACAAAUUGACACAAUAUUGAUACAAAUUGACAGAUUCAUACAUGUGUCUGUCUUUGAAGGAGCAGGACAAAUCUUGCCACACGCGCUUGAUUAGGAAAGCCAACUUGAAAAAGUGUUAUUAAACGCCUCUGUCUUUCAUUUCAACAAGUUCUUCUAGUCACUCUUGCUCUGGUGGAAGUUACUGAAGUUUCAAGAGUGCUUUCAUGAUUUCAGUGGCAGUUAAACAAGGAUUUUUCAUCAAUAGAUAAAAACAUUCGUGUGAAUUUCACUCCACCUCCAUGGCUUUUGAAAACAGUCUUGAUGAGAGAAUGAAGUGUUUAAGAAUACAUGGCAAGCUUGACGCGUAUGGUGUUUUUUUUUUUUUUUUUGUGAACUGAAGUGUACUAGUAAAAUGCUCAGGUAUUCUCGAUGGUGCAACCACACAAGCUGUUUUGUAUGGAUGAUCAGUUAGUUUUGUGGCACCUUCUUGUUUUUUAAUAAUUUCUAUGUAUUUUUGGGGACUGACUACGUGCCUGUCAAGAAGUAUAUGUUAUUAUUAUUUUUCCUUUGAAAGCUGGCGUUCUGUAGGAUAUGUUUCCUUCUCCAUUAUGGCCUUAUUUAAAUGCAUAUCCCUUCCAUACUGACUUAAAGAAACCUCUGCUUAUUGAACAUCUUCCCUUCUACCGAAAUACGAAACUGCUGAAGAAAUUUAUAUUACAAAUUACUGCACUCAAAUAUCGUCUAUAUGUAUGUAUGGUCAGGGUAAAAUAUACUUAGAAGCAUUUACAAAACCACAGAGCUACAGAAUCUAAAACCAUAUAAAAGGAAACAUUCUCUGUGCAGCCCUGGCUUAAUCCAAUUUUAGUUCACUUUUAUCCAAGCACCGAAUCACUAUUCCACGUGUCGAAUGUUCAGUAUUUACAAGAUUUGACUCCAAACUAUCUCAUAUUUCAUCAUCUCAUCUCGACUUUCAACAGGCUCCAGUGCAGGUUACUGGUGGUUUUCCAAGGGUGUUUUCAUGAUACCGAUAGUUCAACAAGAAUUCUGCAUCAUCAGUGGAGAAAAACAUCCUUGAGAACCACAGUUAUGAUCUCCAUGGCCUUUGGAAAAUCAUUCUUAUCACGUAUUCUUUAUUCCCUCAUGAUUAUUUUCAAAAGCCACCGAGAUGAUUAGUCAGGUUCUCAUGGUUACUUUUUCCCCUGCUUGCUAAACAAUUUCUAGACCUUCAAGCACUCCGCUGAGAACCACAAUAACUUCCACUAGUACAGCUUGUUGAAGGUACAUAAGAAAAGACCAUCAAUAGAGAACAAAUAAUUUAAGAAUCUCAUAGUCCACAUAUUUAUUCUUCAAGUCAUCAGGUGGGGUAGCAAUAAGGAGUAAUAAGGAUCAGACUACCUAAGAGCGUCACAUUACGUGAAUCUUGAGUCUUCCAUUGAAUCGACCACCUGAUCUCCUUCCUUCCCGUCUUGGUGUUCAGCUUGUCUUCCGUCCUCAUCCGUCCUCGCGAGGCCAGUGGAGGUAGGGGUCCUCGCUGAUCUCCACGUAUAUGUACUAGUGUGUAAAUCCCCACCUCCGAACAGCCAGUGGUGCUUUACGUUGCUAUAAGCGUGUUUUCUGAAUUGAGAGGUUCCAGUGCCUUCCUUGUGGUGUUAUACUUUGUGCUGGCUGUCAGUCUUAUCUUAAAUAACUUUGGUUUCCUUCUUUCUUCCUUUUUUAGUUUUCUUUCUUUCUUUCUUUCUUUCUUUCUUUCUUUCUGCCUGUCUGUCUGCUUGUCUGUCUUUUCUUUUUUCUCAUUUUUAUUUUUUUCUUUGCUUCUCUCUUUCCUUCCUUCCUUCUUUCUUCUAUAUUUUUUUCCUUUCUUUCCUUCUUUAUUUUUUUAUAUUUUUCUUCCUUCUUUCCUUCUUUCUCCUUUCAUUUUCUUUCUUUACCUCUUUCUUUUUUAUUUCUUUCUUUUUCCUUCCUUUUCUCCUUCAUUUCUUUCUUUCAUGAGAGAUCAAAAAAUGUGAGAAAAAUGUUCUUCGCCCUUUCAAUUGAUGCGAGUCUUUGUCACAAAAAAAAAAAAAGGGAAUCUGAAAACCUACUCGUGUUAUUCAAGGUAUCAGUCCUAAAAACAUGCUGAGCUCUGCCUUGCCUUGCUUCGCCUUCUCCUCACUAUGCAAUAAUCAACGUGAUUUUAAAUACUGACUUAUCCUUGGUGAAUUUCUACUUGUAAUUAUAUUUGUGUCACUCUCACCCAUUCCCUACGUACACUCCAGCUUCGUCAGCUUCACCUAAUUGCUUUGUCAUUCUUUGGGUAUAGCGAUCCUGUUGGGAAAGAAGACAGGGUAUCAAUAUCAGCAUCAGUAUAUACAUUCCCUUCACCUUUUCGCUCUAAUAUUUAUGAUGGAACGUUUUUUAUGUGCAUCGUAAAGAAGAAAGGAAUUUGUAUUAUGUAUAGGAACUGAAUGUUUGGAAUUAUACCUUUUAAGUAUAUAUUUUUUUAAUAUCAAAAUUUUUAAUUGUUAUUGUCUUUUUAACUAUUAUUAUUAUUAUUAUUAUUAUUAUUAUUAUUAUUAUUAUUAUUUUUACUAUGAUGAUGAUGAUGAUGAUGAUGAUGAUGAUGAUGAUGUGUGUAUGCUUUGUAUGUUUAUACGUAUGUUUGUUUACGAUAUUAUGCCGCUUGUCCUUCAUUGUUUACCUAAAUAUUUAUUUAUCUGUCUAUCUGUUUAUCUAUUUUAUUUAUCUAUUUACGCGCGUCAGUCUCUAUAUCUUUGCAAACAGUAUUCUAACUUUUAUAUAUAUUCACAAAGAUUUCUAGAUAGUAUAUAUUUUCUAACGUCUUUCAUUACUAAAUGUUUUAAUCCUCAAUCUUUCCAUUUUGUAUUUUUCAUUACUUUUUUUUCUUUUUUUUUUUAGAUUACUAUUCCUUUAUUUUUAACACUUUGCUUGUUUUUUGUUUACUUUUCUUUUCCCUUUUUUUUUCCUGUAAAUCACAGACAAUAAUAAUAAUCUUAGCGUUCUCUCUCCCUUGGCAUCAGUGAACAGGCUUGUCGCGGCUGGAAAAGUAGUAGUAGCAUUUGAGCAUGUAUAUUUUUAUGCUAUUAUAAUGUAUGAUCAGGGUUUGGUAAUGUAAUGCAUUAGUAACUACCACUUAAUGUAUUAUUAUUAUUAUUAUUAUUAUUAUUAUUAUUAUUAUUAUUAUUAUUAUUAUUAUUAUUAUUAUUACUACUACUACUACUACUACUACUACUACUACUACUGCUACUACUACUACUAGCAUUAUACUAUUAUUACACAUUUUUUUUAUUCAUAAUGAUAAUCUCACAACUUUUUUAAUCUUAUCAAUGUUAUUUAUGUAUAAACAGGGUGUCCCCAAAAAUUUGACAUCAUUUGAGAUGUCCAUAUCGGAGUAACUACAUGGUCAAGAGAAAUUAAACUCAAUAGGUUUAAUUUUGAAGAUAAGUUUUAUUCUACAUUUUGAAUAUAACAAGUUUUAUUCUACAUUUUGAAUAUAACAAGUUUUAUUCUACGUUUUGAACAUGAGUUUUAUUUUACAUUUUGAACAUAACAGUUUUUAUUCUACAAAGUUGCAACAAAAAAUCUGUGAAAUGGUAAUUUUGUAAUGUUUCAAAAUUAUUACAAAUGU